AUGGUGUUGGUCGCCGCCUCGACCAUGACCGAGAAGCGGCCGGCCUCUGCGGCCGCAACCAACCAGUCUUUGCCUCGCGACGAACCCCUACACACCGACGCCAAGCGCGCGCGCCGUAACGCCCGACAUCAACAAACGGAACGGCUGCGCCGCAGCCGGCUUAACCGUUCCUUCAAGGAGCUUCAUGACGUCCUCGGCCUUCCCCCAGGCACGGAACGUGCCAUCCUCUUGGAGCAUGCCGUUCGCAUUCUUCAGAUCGUGUCCAAGCACCCAAGCCUGCAGCACUUGACAUCGCCCCCGCAAGGGCCUGGCGCCGUCCUCUCCUCCCCUCCUUUGGCCUCCCCCUCUUCAUCCCCAGCCGACUUUCUGGCCACUCUCAUGGCUCAAUCCAGCACACCCGAGCUUCAUCUUGCCUCGGUGCAAAGCCAUCCCCAGAGCUCCCAGCCGGUACCUCAUUCGCAGCCCUUUGCCCACUCAUCCCCCACAUCUUUUGCGUCGCACUUGUCAUACAACGAUCAGCCACCUCUGCCCAGCAUCGACACGGUGCCGCAACAACACCACCACUGUGCGACACCACACCAAGCGUCCCACGUGUCCCAAACGCCCCAGUUGCAACAGCAGCAAGCCUCCAUUGCCACACCACACCUGAGGACGACUCUCCAUCCGGCGCCGAUCAAAAUCUUCUCGCCCUUGCCCCGCACCUCUCCACGGAUGCUCAGGUCCCCGGCCAAGAAGAAGGCCCAUGGCAGUUCACAGCUACGAGCUGGACACUCCCUGAAGCAGCCAGCCAGCGUCUCGACCAGCUUACCGCAACCCAAGGCCGCCAAUUUCGAUUGGAGCCCACCAAGCCUUCCAGCCAAGCCCAAGAAUAUCUGCCGUGCACUAGCACUGACCAUCUAUCUGCCAGCGCCUGGAGCAGUAGUACAAGCACAGAUCUUUUGA